CUCUCAUCAACCCCCCCCCACCCUUCGCAAGCAGUCGUCGAAAAGGUCCUCUGCCCCUCGGCUCUCACGAUAACAAACUAGUCAACGCAAGAACCCCCGUUUCUCUCCGCUUUCCCACAUAUAGAUAAAGCAGAGUUAUUACAUUAUGACGAAACCCGCAAAGGACAAGCUGAUCAUAUUCGAUACCACCCUCAGGGACGGUGAGCAGUCACCCGGUGUCACCCUUACAGGUUCAGAAAAGGUCGAGAUCGCAAGGCAGCUCUCGCGUCUUGGUGUCGAUGUUUGUGAAGCAGGAUUCCCUAUCGCCUCGCAAGGCGAUUUCGAAGCCGUUGAGAGAAUCGCAAAGGAGGUUGGACCUCUGAAUCUUGGGAGAGCAAGUGGGAAGCCUAUGGUAAUUUGCGGCUUAGCACGAGCAGUGCCGGCAGAUAUUCAACGAGCGUACGAUGCCAUCCAUCACGCCCCGCAUCACCGCAUCCACACUUUCCUCGCCACAUCCGACAUCCAUCUUGAGCACAAGCUGCGGAUAACGCGCGAUGAAUGCGUCGCGCGAGCAGUGGCUGCCGUGAAAUUUGCCAAAUCCCUCGGAUGCAACGAUAUCGAGUUCUCGCCUGAAGAUGCUGGUCGGUCCGACGUUGACUUCCUGUGCAGAGUAUUGGGCGAGGUCAUCAAGGCGGGGGCAACAACGCUCAACAUCCCCGAUACAGUUGGGUACAACACCCCCGAGGAGUAUGGAUCCAUGAUCAAACACCUCGUGCGGAAUGUUCCUGGCGGCGAUAAUGUGACGUGGUCCACGCAUUGCCAUAACGACUUGGGUCUCGCUACUGCCAACACGUUGGCCGGCAUCGUGAACGGGGCAAGGCAGGUGGAGGUGACCAUCAACGGGAUUGGCGAGCGGGCGGGCAACACGUCCUUGGAAGAGAUCGUGAUGGCCAUCUACACUCACCCAUCAACCUACCCCGUGCACACAACCAUCGAUACAUAUCAAAUCUACCACACUUCGCAGCUCGUUACGAAGAAAACGGGCAUGCCGAUUCAACCAAAUAAGGCGAUCGUAGGCGCCAACGCGUUCGCUCACGAGUCCGGGAUCCACCAGGACGGCGUGCUGAAACACAAACAGACCUACGAAAUCAUCGAACCCGCCGUUGUCGGUAUCCCUUCCAAUGUCCUUGUUCUGGGCAAGCAUUCCGGUCGUAACGCCCUACGCUCGCGCUUGACCCAGCUCACAAAGGACACAGUGUACGAAGACGUGUUGAAGCGAAAUGCUGCCGUGUUUGAGCGCCUGUUUGUCGCGUUCAAAAAGCUAGCGGACACGAAGAAGAAAGGCGUCACCGAUACGGAUCUGUAUGCUCUCUUGGAUGAUCAGAUGAACGCGUCCGACUCUGGUUUCGAGACUUUCGUCUUCAAAGCCUGCCAAGUCGUCUCCACAUCUGGCGUCCUUGCCACAGCCACAAUCACGCUCGUUGACAAGACGGUCAGCCCUCGAGCCACCUCCAUCACGUCAUUGUCUGCGUCGGAGCCAGAAGACCAAAAUGGGACGACCCCGACAGAGACAGACGCCAAUCCCGGCGUAGAACGCUGUGACGCCGCCAUCGGCCACGGACCCGUUCAUGCCAUCUUCAACGCCAUUAACCGCAUCAUCGAGCGCACCAAUGUCUUGGCUUCCUACGAAGUGAAAGCCGUCACGGAAGGUUCCGAUGCCCUCGGUCGUGUCCUCGUCCGGAUUCAGGAGGCCGCCCCUACCCCAACCUCCUCAUCUUCCCCCACCGCCGACGCACCUCCGCCACGAUUCCACGACCCCGUGGACUCCACCGCCAACCUGCCCUACGAGCAACAGGCGGAGACGUUCCAGGGCCAGGGUACCGAUGAGGACAUUCUCGUCGCGUCGGCGAAAGCGUACGUCAAUGCGGUGAAUAAGAUGGUCGAUGCUCAGGCGAGGCGGGCCAAAAGUGGGACUAAGGAUGUGAAUGGAACCGACGGAGCGCCCGCCUCUAGGAAGGUGGAUGUCUGAACGCAUUUUCACUUCGAAGUUGGCUUCAAGUUGUUCGUUGGGUACGUAGGUAGAACAGGGUGGGAUGAAUGAUGGCAGUUCUGUUGUGUACAUUUUUGCUUUCUACAUCUUUUAUUUCUAUAUUUGCACAUUGAUACACCACAUAGCUAUCCGUUUCCGUCCUCUGACGGGCGAAACUGAGGUACUGGCGUUC